AUGAACCAAAGCCUAAGGAGAGGUGUCCGGGCUCUCUCCUGGACGAGAGUCCUUCCGCAGUGGGCGCGACAAGACCCAUUGCAGCAAGCGAAAAGAGGCAUUCAGAUUCGUGCCGUGCCUUCGGAGCAACUCAAUGGAGAUCACCUUCCUGUAGCCGGUACGCCAAAUUCGGCUCAGUCGCCUGACGCCCGGUUCGAUAUCAUCGGCUCCCCAUACUCGUUAUUGUCGGUUUCGCUUUCAGCUUCGCAGCAUCUCUACACUCGCAGAGGGACAUUGGUUGGACUGAGUGGGAAGGCGGAUAAUGUGGUUUCGACGCUGAGCGUCCUAGAACCCGUCCGAAGAGCCCCCGUCGGCGUGCCAUUCCUCUACCAGAAGAUAACCUCUAGCAGCCCCGUGACUGCCCUGAUCUCCGUUCGGUCCCCUACCACAUCCUUCGCCGUCCUCCAUCUUAAUGGCUCUGAAGAUUGGAUAAUCGCCCAGAAACGAGCUCUGCUCGCCUGGACCGGACGUUCUAUCUCCGUGAAGCCGGUUAUCAACACAAACAUGAGCGUGACCCACUGGGGUAACUCUGAAGUCACCGGACGAGGUCUUCUAGCACUAGUCGGCAAUGGGCAAUUAUACUCCGUCGACGUGAAACCCGGAGAGCAAUACAUUGCCCAUCCUAGCAACGUCGUGGCUUACACUAUGACCUCCAACCCUCCUCGACCCUACCGAUUCAAAUCUACCACCCUGAACUUCCAAGUGCCGGGCCUCAAGGCGUUACCAAGCUUCCUCCAGAAUACGAGGUUUAUCCAAAACAUGUCACAGACCGACACAUGGGAGACGGCCAUGAAGAUCUUCCACAAGAUCCGGACAUGGUCCCGCAUGACCAUCUGGGGUGAUAGACUCUUCCUCCAAUUCGACGGUCCCGCCCAAAUCCUUGUGCAAUCUCGCGGUCCCCGUCUCAACGAUGUCCUCUCCGAACGCGAAGUAAACGAAAUAGCGGGAUCGCCUCGCGGCCUCACAAGUGGACCCUCGCAACAGAGCGCGGAGAGGAAGAGAGGAGAGGAGAAAUUCCGGAAAGAAGCUGUAGAAGCAACCCACGCUGCGCCUGUUCCUGCUCGCUCGGUCGAAAGUCUGAGCCAGGAGGUCAGGGGGAUUGACCAGAGGAUCGCGAAGCUUACGGAGGAGGGGAAGGUGAUUUUCGAUAAGCCGGCUUCGAAGAAUUGA